GGAUGUGAGAUGGGGUGGACACUGGCUGACUGUACAGUGCCUGUCAACUGCCCCCCUGGAAGGUAUGGACCAGGAUGUACUCAGUUCUGCAGUUCCCGCAACUGUAAAACACCAUCACCAGUGUGUGACGUCACAGGGUCAUGCACCGAUGGAUGCCGGGAAGGCUGGCAGAACGCUGACUGCAGGAUACCAUGUCCGAGUGGGCAGUACGGGGCCAACUGCAGCAAGUCUUGUGAUUCACGUCAAUGUGAAACUUCACCAGUUUCCUGCGAUCACAUGACAGGAACAUGCGCCGCAGGAUGUCGGGAAGGAUGGAUCGGAGGAGACUGUACCAUGAAAUGCAAACCUGGAACCUUUGGGCCUGACUGUUCUCGUUGUGGACACUGUGACGUCACAUGUAAUGUUGGAGAUGGACGCUGUCCAGGAGAAUGUCUGGAUGGCUUUACCGGUGACCGAUGUGAUAUAGAUGUCAGAGUGUCUCCUGUUACAAGUGGUGUCAUUGGCGGAGCAGUAGUCAUGGCUGUAAUGCUGUGUCUGAAUGCUGGGUUGAUGAUCUUUCUGUGGAAAUCUGGAAGACUGAAACGGAUACCCCUAAGUGGCACACCCCCCACAGAGGUGAAAAAGACAAACACAGGCGACACUGGAGAGAUUCCUGCUCCUGUGCCCUCUCCUGGCAUGAAUGGGGACGACUAUACUGAGUUGAAUGAGGUCACCAGGGAGAGAGAGAAGUCACAUUGUGAUGUCAUUCAGAACAAAGUAUAUGAAAAUAAUCAAAUCUGAGUGAAGAGUCUUCUAUAUGUGCUGUGACGUACGUAUCAUGUUCACAAAGCAUCAUGUUCUGUCUAGAAGUACACAUCAAGGUGUAUAUAUAUAUAUAUAUAUACAUUGUAUAUGAGGGGUUAUAACAUGAAAAACUUUGAUCCCGUCUCAUAUAUGAUCUAAGUACCAUGGUUUAAGUUUUACCCCCCUUUUUGGUAGUUUGUAGAUUUUAUAUGUAGCGUUGUGCAGCCCUUGAGCUUAGCACAAUAUACAUAUGACGA